AUGUCCCCUCAGUACCCAGCUCGCUCACAUGCGGCCAAAGUGGUCGAAGAACUGAUCAAGCUCAUCCCCGAGGCAGACCGCGGUAAGACGCACGGGGUCUUCUUGCAGGCUUCACCAACCUUGUGUAGAGACGAUACGGAUCGAGAACUCCCGUUUCAUCAAGAAGCCAACUUCAACUAUCUUACUGGUGUCAUUCAUCCGUCAUGCUCCCUCGUCUUAUUCUUCUCUCUGUCUUCCACUGCUCAGCCAUCCAACCUAUCUCAUAACUUGUUCAUCCCUCCCGAAGACCCUGCAGAAACGAUGUGGUCUGUCCCGCCACCUUCCAUCGAACGAGCUUCAGCUAUCUACGAAUCUGACAAGAUACAACACACCACCACGCUUCACGCAUUCCUGCAGUCAGCAGUUCAAGACGCACCUAACGUUGAAGUGAUCCUGCAUACCCUCCCCAGUACGAUGGAAUACCCCGCUUUGCCUGAGAUCGUUGAGAAGACACAAGGGCUAGUCAGGAAUACAGACCACUUAUUCACCGCCCUUCAUAUCGCCAGAAUGACUAAAGACAGCUCUGAAAUUGAGCUGAUUCGGAAAGCUAAUCAGAUAUCAAGUGGAGCACAUGAAGUGGUAAUGAGAGAAUUAGGAAAGUUUGCUCGUGAUAGGGAAGCUGGAAAAGGUGGACAGAAACCGCGAACGGGAAAAGAAAGUCUAUCUCAAUGGGAGAUUGAAUCCGAAGGAGAUGCCGAGGCUGUCUUCGUAGCUACCUGCAGGCGUAUGGGAGCCACCCAAGCCUACCUUCCUAUAGUUGCUAGUGGAUCAAGGGCUAGUACACUUCACUAUGUCUGCAACGAUCGCCUAUUCCCCUCGACUUCCAUACCCCGACAACCAGGGGAUACCUCGUUCACUCCUCCACAACUCGCUCGUGGAUGCUGUGGAACCUUGACCCCUUCUCAUUCACACGAAACCUCUCCGACGGAAUUACAUACCAAAGCGUUCACUCCUCAAGUGCUUCUGAUCGAUGCAGGUUGCGAAUGGCAGGGCUACGCCUCUGAUAUAACCAGAACAAUACCCGUAGGAAAUGGUGGGAAGUUUACUAAAGAAGCAGGGCAAAUAUAUGAUCUUGUCUUGAAGAUGCAAAAAGAAUGCGAGGCUCUCGUGCAGCCAGGAAUACAUUAUGAUACUCUGCACCUUCAUGCACAUAAGGUGUUGAUCGACGGAUUCAUUCGAUUGGGUAUAUUCAAAGGAGAUGCGGAGGAAAUCUUGCAAAGUGGUGUGACAGCUGGGUUUUUCCCUCACGGUUUAGGUCAUUCGCUCGGUCUAGACGUCCAUGACUCUCGACAAUAUCUCAAAUCUGUCCACGAAGCGAUACCAGAUUCGUCAAAACAAACACCUUCUAAACUUUAUGCCUAUCUCCGUAUCCGACGACCUCUGAUCGAAGGGAUGGUGCUUACGAUAGAGCCAGGAUGUUAUUUCGCACCUCAGCUUAUGGAGGAACAUGGUGCAUGGUCUAGCCAAUUUGUUAAUCAAGAAGUUCUGAACAAAUAUGUGGGCGUAGGGGGCGUCAGGAUUGAGGAUGUCGUGGUCGUCACGAGGGAUGGAUGCGAGAAUCUGACAACCGUUGGUAGGGAGAGAGAGUGGAUUGAAAGCGCGUGUUCAGGCAUGUGA